CCAACACCAAUAAACUGACUCUGCUUUGUGUCAGCAGCCAGGGCUGGUUUAAAUCUAAGAGGAAAAAAAUAACUUUUUUUUUGUAACCUGCCAGCAUCUAAAUGAGAAAACUGUGCCGUCUGUCUCCCUGCCUCUUCCCUCUCCUCUACCUCAUCUCCUUCUCUCUGUGUUUCUCCCUCCCUCACUGCAUUUUUCCCAGGCUGAGGCGUCCAUGGACCCUCUGGCUCCACUGCUUUCGUCAGGGACUUGGAGCGCUCUAAGAACUUUUUGAACUCUCCAUGUUGGAGUGAGAAGGCAGAGGAAGGGGAAGCAGUUGAUGGGACGCAGCCCAGCAGCAGCAGCAGGCUCCUCUGGAGACGCCAUCGGGACUCUAAGCUGGAGAUAAUCCCCUGGGGUCAUGACAAGCCAGCUCCUCAGACUCCUAACCCCCCUGGCUCUGCUGGGACUCCUCUUGGGGCUUGCAGACCUCAGCCACGACUCUGCCAUAGAGGAUGAGGAUUAUUAUAUGCAGGAGAUGCUGACAAGAGAUCAGUACAACCAGGUGCAAAUUCUGGAGAAGCCUGUGGCCUCGAUUCCUGACAGGCAUGAGCGCCCGAGCCAAAACUCGGGAAAGAAAGUGCCCAAGGGAAAGGCAGAGAGCAGCAGGCAGCUGGAUAAGGAUGCAAAAUCAGUGAAAACCGCCAACAAAAAGACUGAGAAGACCAAGAAGAGCACCCUGAAAACCUCAAACAGCAUCCCAGAAGCAGAAGGACGAUUCAACCCGAUAAAAGAGGAAUGCCCUCCCAUGGGACUGGAGACUUUGAAGAUUGAUGACUUCCAGCUUCACGCUUCAACCACGAAACGCUAUGGCCUCGGUGCACACAGAGGUCGUCUUAACAUUCAGGCUGGCCUUUAUGAAGACGACCUCUAUGACGGGGCCUGGUGCGCUGGGAGAGAUGACCCACUGCAGUGGUUUGAGGUGGAUGCCAGGAGGCUGACAAAGUUCACAGGGGUCGUCACUCAAGGCAGGAGCUCCCUCUGGUCGUGA